AGCCGAGCUGACGUGUGCGUGACCGUUAGUGAGGGCGCAGCGCGGAAAUUCAAAAUUCGAACGGCUGCAGUGUGUGUGAGUGUGUGAGAGAGUGUGUGUAGGAGUGUGUAUAGCAGGAUUUGUCCUCGUUUAGGCUACACAUUGUAUACAGUGUUAUUUAGCUCGAGUUGAGGAUUGAAUUACUUCGGAAUGGAUCCGUUCACUGAGAAACUGUUAGAGCGCACACGGGCUCGCAGGGAGAAUCUUCAGAAGAAGAUGGCGGAGAGGCCCACAGCAGCCAACCGACAAAUGAACAAGAGGUCAAGAGAGCCUCUUACAGAGACAAACAGUGUCCUCGGUCAGCCGCCAGCUGAGAAAGCACUUCCCUCCUUAAAACCCUCUCCUUCUAAGCGUCGGUGCUCAGAGGAAAAUGCUGGGGAAGAGAACAAGGAACCUGCCGCUCCUCAAGUCACCGUUUCAGAGCCUGCAAUAGACAAGAAGCCCCCCAUUGCACCAAGCAGUAAUCAGUCAGCCACAGUGGAGCGACUGGCUGUCCAGACCAGCUCAGACUUGGUCAAAGGGCUUCCACACCAUUCUCCAGACACUGAGAAAAUGGAGGCGUAUUCUUCACAGAUUACAACAGGAUGCACAGAUAAGGUGAUCAAGCACUCUAUAAUGGCGGAAAGCAGCGAAGCUGUCCGAGGCGCUCCUGCUCUCAUUCCAUCUGCCGGCAACAUGAGGUCUCGUCUGCAGAAACUGGCUGACCAGAGGCACUGCUGGGACUCAGAGGGUGGCCUUGAGCCAGCCCCCAACAGUGUAGCCCUGUCCCCUAUUAAAUCCCAAAGCAUGGCGAUUGCUCCUAAUCCAGCUCCAGCCAUCACAUCAGAGAAGCCGUUGGGCAGAAAGGGCAGACUGGCAAACCUUGCUGUGACCAUCAGUUCCUGGGAAGAUGAUCUUGGGCAUCCGCCCACUUACAGAGACAAUGCACAAGGGCAGCCUGGCACAGCCUGUGUUCCUCCUCCAGCACGUGUGGGAACGAGCACCAGUGUCAAGACCAUUGCUGCUGCACAACAAACUAAGUCUGUUGGUUGCAAGCCUGUGCACAGCACUCAACAGCCAGCAGUUUAUUCUCCAGUCAGAUCAUCCAGAGUGAUUCCUCCAAGCCCCCAGAAGACCGAUGUACCUGAGACAAAACAAAGACAUCUCUCCCCUGCAUCCAGCCCCCUGAAGAGCUUCUCUAGUCAGCAGUCUUCGCCAGUCAAAGCUGGAAGAGUCCCAUUUACUCUUCAGGCUGCCCAGACUUCCAAAAGCCCUUUGAAGACUCAGGCCCCAUGUAAAGAAUUAGGACCAGGAAAAGUUGUUCAUGCAAGUCCUGCAAAAACAAACGCUGCAGCCCAUCCUUCCUCAGGUGUAGUGCUUUCUCAGGCUCCUGAGAGGCUGAUCCAGAAUUCAACACCCAUACAGAAAUCUGGCCCUGUUGGACCUUCUGGAGGUGUUAAGUCGUUUUUGGAGCGUUUUGGGGAAAGGUGCCAAGAACGCAAUCAGGGAUCUCCACUUAACGGUGUGGGUGUGGCUCAUACACCUGCUGCUACACCGUCAUCACCUCACAAAUCAAAACUGCUUCUGGAGAGGCUACCUGUUACACACGGGGCAUCCACUACUGCCCUCCUCACUCAGAAGCAGAAAAUGGAACGCGAGGCAGAAUUGGCACAGGUUCGCAACCGAUUUCAGAACAGCAAGGUGUCAAAAAGCAGAGAGGAUCUUUCAGAGGAUGCAAAUAAUGCAGAAUCUAAGGAGGUGGACGACCCCAAUUUAAAGUCUGUCCCAGUACUUAACAAGGAGCCAUCAGCACCACGCCUGGACGUUCUGGAAAAUAAAUUAAUAAAAAAUGAAACAUCAAAUAUAAAUCCAGUCCUCUCAAGCCCAUUGAAGAAGGUUGAGGUUUCUUCAGAAAAAGCAGAAACAGAUAAGCAAGAAACAAAGGAGGAGAUACGCGAGAUCGAGAUGAAUGUUGAUAGCUCCAUCAAUUCUGAGGUGAUUAACAAUCUUUUCGAAGAUGUUUUGGAAGAGAAAGAUGAGGAUGCUUCUGAAGAGGACGAGGAGGAAGAUGCUCUUAACAUCUCCUCCAUGUCUCUCCUCACACCACUGGCAGAGACUGUGGCCUCAGUGGUCAAGAGCCCUGAAAGAAGAGUCAUGACAUCAACCCCGGCCAGCUCAUUUACUGAGAAAAACGGGACCCCUGAAGCUGUUUCCAGGCCCACAAAAUUCCAAAGGACACGAAUGCUUGGUGCUGGAUCUUCUGACAGCAUUGAUACUAUCGACGAAGAGCACAAACUUCCAUACAGCAUUGAUGCAUAUAGAUCAACAAGAGUGAAAGAGACUGAGAGACCUCAAGUGAAACAGGUGAUCGUAAGGAAGGAAGACGUGUCGCAAAAAAUAGAAGUGCCCAAAAAUUCCAGUCACAUCAGCAUUAAACAAAAGAUGCAGGUUUUAUCCAAUGAGAUGUCCCUGCAGCAGACAGUGAUUCAUCAAGCCAGUCAGGCACUGAACUGCUGCACAGAUGAGGACCAUGGGAAGGGCUCUCAGGUCGAGGCUGAAGCUGAGAGGCUGCUGCUUAUAGCCACUGAGAAGAGGGUGGCACUAAAAGCUGAGCUGGAUCAGUUGAAAGCAGAGGGACCGACAGUUCAGAAAAAAAGCUCAUCCAAAGCCCAGGAUGAUAUGGGCGUUCCUCCCUCAAAGGGCUCCAUCACGCUGCAUGAUCUUCGCUUACCUCUCAAGGCUGACUUUGUCUGUUCUUCCGCAAAUAGGCCUGAAUCUGGAAGCCAUUACUUCUUCGUGAUGAUUCGUGCCGGAGCUGAAAACAUGGUUGCUACUCCUCUGGCCAGUACCAGUGCCCUCAAUGGAGAUGCCUUGACCUUUUCCACCAAGUUCACUCUACCCGAUGUGUCCAGUGACUUUGAGAUUGAUAUUGAGGUCUACUAUCUUGUUCUGAAACGUGAGCUUUUUGCAGAAAAAAGAAAGAAGCCUGCCAAGUCCAAGGCAAUCACUCCCAAAAGAUUUCUUGGUUUAACUAAAAGCAAUCUCCAAACACCUGUAGUGGCAAGCCCCGGGGGUCCGAAUGCUGUACGCACAAGCAGCUUUUCUCUUGUCGGCUCACACAAGUUAACCUUGUGCACCGUUGGAAAAAACAAAUUUCCCCUGGAAAAGAUCAAAUAUGAAGGGUGUGAGAGCAGGCUUCUCAGUGACAUGUUUCAAAAUAAGGUUCCAUUUCUCUGUCCUUUGGAAGGCCAUAUUUACCUCAGGAUGCACUGCGAGGUUGACUCGCAUGUGCAGGAAAGGGGCUUUUUGACCAUGUUUGAGGAUGUCAGUGGAUUUGGAGCCUGGCAUAGGAGAUGGUGUGUCCUCUCAGGAUACUGCAUCUCCUAUUGGACCUACCCUGAUGAUGAAAAACGCAAGAAUCCUAUUGGUCGUAUCAACUUGGCAAGUUGUACAAGUCGUAAAGUGGAGCCUGCUAAUCGUGAGUUCUGUGCCCGGCCCAACACCUUCGAGCUGAUUACAGUGAGACCGCAAAGAGACAAUGACCGAGAAACUCUGGUCAGCCAGUGCAAAAACACCAUGUGUGUUACAAAGAACUGGCUUAGUGCUGACACUAAAGACGAGAGAAACCUGUGGAUGCGGAAGCUCAAUCAAAUCCUAGUAGACCUGCGCAUGUGGCAGCCAGACUCAUGUUACAGGCCGGUGUGACCCAAAUAGAGACAACGAUCAUAGGUCCUAAUUCUACACGAAUUAUUACUGUUUGCUUAGAAGUGCAAUACGAUAUCAAAGUUACAAUGCGUUUACAGCCGAAUACAAAGUUAAGGAAUUGUAUAUUUUACCGUGGACAUGGGAGAUUAAAUUUCAAUAAAGCAAUGCUUAACAUUUCAGUAUUUCAUAGAAGAGAAUAAUCCCCCUAUUAUUGUUUGUAAAGGGCACAUGACUGUACAGCUUAACCUAAUAAAAAUCUACAGCGUAUUCAAUUAUAAAUCACAAAUGACUGUUUCCAAUAUCGAAAAGAAAGCCAUAUGUUGGUUCCUGGAUUCAUUCUUGUCGUUUAGUGUUAUGUCGAUUUUAACUUCAGUACAGGAAGCAAGAUUUAGUUUGAUUAUAUACUUGGUGCAGUUUAAAGCUCUAGGCUAUAUAUUUAACCAUAUUAAACCGCAGUUGGUUUGCAUUCAGAUAUGUAAAUUUUCUGCUUCAGUCUUUAUAUUUAUAUCGGAUUUUGCUUAACUGCUGAUAUACAUGCUGUAAUAUAAUAUGGAAUUGGUAACCGCUUCUAGUAGAAUAAGGUGUAUACAAUAGCUUGAACUACACUAACGUGUUUUCAAUGUAUUAUUUUCUGUGGUCCUCUAUAUAACCACACACAGUACUGUGUUUAAUAUUAAUGCUCAAGUGUUUGCUGCAGAUAGUAUGUUGGGAACUACAGAUUUUGGAUUUUAAUAUAAUUUCAGGCUUCUUGCUUACGUUAAAUAUAUUUUAGUCUUUUUUUUUUUUUUUUUAUGCGUGUAUGUGUGAAACUAUAUCUUUACUAAAUAUUAAGAGCACAUCAUUUUUAAAUAAUCAGGAGGGUUUGCUUUUAUUCAGGGAUAUUUUUUAUAUGUACUCUGUGUGGGUUGAACAAUGUUAAAGUACUUUAUAAACAUUUCAUGCAUGAACAGUUUAAUUAAACUGGUCAUUAGGACUAAUGGACAGCGGAACUGUUUUUUUUUUCCUAUUUUACAGAAUUUUAUUUGCAUUCAGUUACAUUUUGGAUGCUUUAUAAUGCAGAGUGGCAAAACUAUUCUAUGCUGUUAAAAAAUACUACUACUAAAAUGCACAAUUAUCAAUAACUGCGUUUCAUGUUUUAUCUUGCAGUAGAUCUUUUAAGAUGAAAGAUCUCCAUUACACCAGCUUCACUUUGAGUGUAUGUUAAGUGUUUUCUUGUUUUUGUUAUUGACACAUGGCAGACUGUUGGGGUUUUUUUUUCUUUCUUCACUUUAUGCUAGCAUUUUUUUUCUAUUUGCCUUUAAUGCACAUACUUAGAUGCCCACUUAAAAGACAAUGUUGAGAUUCACUUUGACUAUUAGAAAAGUUCACUAAGGCUUCUGUUUUUUGGUUUCCACCUGGUUUUAAACACUCCAAAUGUAGUGCCAAGAAUAACAGUGCUGACCGUCUAAUAAAAGCCAAUGCUUCAACCAA